GAAAAAAAAUUAUAAAAGCAAUAAGCAAUCGAAUGCAGACAAUCAGUAUAUUAUCGUGUGUUGUUAAGUGAAUAUCAAAAAUAUAAGUAUAGUGAAAGGAAAAUUGAAAAUGAUCCGAAUUAAACUGCUUUUUAUUGUGAGCACAUGCCUGUCAAGUGUUUUGUCAUUCAUCGACAGCAGGAGUAAUGGAUUCAAUUUUAAUGAGUUAGUGAAUCCAACAGAAUCUUAUGUAGGACCAAGUUCAUAUGUAACAUCACAGCAAUCAAAAAGUCAUGAUUAUCCAGCAUUUGGAAAUUUCGGUGACUUAAUAAAUUUAAAGGAACCACAAAUAACUUCAUCAUAUUCUUCAUACGGACCGUCAGAUGGAAGUGAUUUUUCAAGUACAAGCUACGUUAAUUAUCCAUCAUCGAGCAAUACAGUCCAAGAACCUCCAAAAUCUCAACCAAUUAGUUCUAGUUAUUCUGCAGUUAUAUCUCAUGAUUCUCAACAACUUCCCCCAAAUUUAAAUUCAUUUUAUGAUUCAUCUUCACAGCAGAUUCCACCUGAAUUCAAAGCCUUAUUUGAAUCCAUGUCCGCACAAUUACGUUCUGCUCAAAAUCAAAUAUCUGCACAAAAUCAAAUCUCUGCACAAAAUCAGAAUUCAGCUCAAAUUUCAGCAUCAAAUCAAGAAGUCCCAAUUAGUCAGCACAUAGAAGUCACAAGACCUGUUGUUGUUCCUGUUUACAAGAAAUUUCCUUAUCCCGUCUCUAAGAAUUUCCCAGUUGCAAUUCCUCAUCCAGUUUUAGUUCCUGUGCCUGCACCAUAUCCAGUCAAUGUCCUCAUAGCAGAACCAUACGCAGUUCCAGUUCUUAAAGAAAUAAAGGUUCCUGUCGAAAGAGAAGUCAUGUAUCCAGUUGAUAAAAAUGUCCCUGUUGAAGUAGAAAAACCAAUACAAUUUUACGUGGAAAAGCAUUAUCCAGUGUAUAUUAAUAGACCAUAUCCAGUAAAGAUCCCAAUAGUAAAGACAGUAAUCCACAAAUCCCCGAAAAAAUGGUCAAGAGAAGAAGAAGAAGCAGAUGCAAUAAAAAGAAUCGGAAAUUUCAACCAAAAAUUCAAAUCAAUCAAAUACAGAAUGUACAAGAAAUCAUUAGCGCCUAAUAAGUCACUUAGCAAAACGAAAGUGAAUUAAAGUGCUUAACAGCACCUAUUUAAAGAGUUCAUUAUUUAUUAUAUUAAAAAUAAAUCUUUUCGUGUAAGCUUCCACGUGCAUCGCACUUGUUAUGAAACAACUGGCAAUUAUUUAUGUUUCUUUGCCUGUUUUGAUAAGACUGUUUAAUUGUGCAUGAAAAGAAUUUGAAAUAAAAG